GGUAUUACUUGACAAAAAACAAAAUGGCGAAUUUAGAGAAAGUAAAAGUAUUAGUUGUUGGUGAUUCAGGGGUUGGUAAAACAUCUCUUGUGAAUCUGAUAUGUCAUAAUGAACGACUGUCAAGCCCAGCAUGGACUAUUGGUUGCUCUGUUGAGACCAAGGUAUAUGACUAUAAACAUGGUACACCUCAAGAAAAGGAAUUCUUUAUUGAAUUAUGGGAUGUUGGAGGGUCUGCCAAUCAUAAAUGUAGUCGAUCAAUAUUUUAUGCAUCGAUGAAUGGCCUAAUACUGGUUCAUGAUCUCACAAAUCGUAAAUCAUAUUUAAAUCUUAGAAAAUGGUUAGCUGAGGUUCUGGGUUCUGGGAAAGAAAUGACAGGUGUGGCUUCUAGAAAGUCCUCAAAAGCUAGUUUGAUAGUGGAUUUUGAUAAGCAGGAUGAAUAUGAUCCAGAACAGUUUGCUGGAAAUCAAGUCCCAAUUUUAAUUGUUGGGACAAAAAGCGACCAGUCAGGAACAUCAAGAACAAACAGUUUUGUCCAUGGUGUAAAUUUAGCUGAAGAAGUUGGUGCUGAUAGUAUAUCAUUGGACUGCACAAAAAUUCAAGAUCUCUCUGAUGGAUCAGAGAAUUUACAAAAAUUUAAUAUGUUUAUAGAUAAGGUAAUUGAAAGAAGGUUUUAUUUACGAGACAAUUCAUCGCAACCACAGACAAUUUUAUUCCAAGAUAGCACUCGCAUAGACAUCUGGAAAGAGCGUGCAAGCAAAAGAAAAGCUUUUUAAGAAGCUUGGUUUUUUCAAUGCAGCAUCCAGCAUCAGUAUUAUACACUUGUUCUCUUUUUGAGAAGUGAAGUUUGUCAGCUGAAGUGGAAGAAUGAUGAACAAGACUGAAGAGAGAAAAAAUGAAUGAAAUAUGAAACAUCCAUUCAUAUUGAAAGAAAUUUAUAAAAGCACUAUAAUAAGAAGUAGUUAGAAUUACUACCUACUAAUGAAAUAUGUGCACUGAAUGAAAAAGAUUUGUCCUUUUAAGAAACCAUUUGAUCAGUGAUUUGUUCCCAAGUCCCAACGUCUCUCCACCAAUCAGAAGCAAGAUAAAUAGCGGGAAAAUUUCUGCUUUUGCCUUCAAUUUUUGGGCAUUUUUCAAAAUGUCGUCGUUUAAGCCAGGUGUAUGGCGUUGUGAAAAUGCAAUUAAACUUAUCCUAAAAGAAUUAUCUCUGCCUCAGAAAAUGGCUUCAACUG